AUGUCUUCAGAACAUGACCCCUUUAGCGGAGAUGAUGACUCGGACUACGAAGCCGAUAGUGGCGAAUUAAACGAAAGUUCAACAUCGACUUCAAGGUCUAAUGAUGGGGAAAAAGUAAAAACAUGCCUCCCGGAUCAGACGGAUAUUAGUUCAGACUCUGAAAAUGAACGAGAAGAAGAAGUUCAGACAUCUGCAGAGAGGAAUUUGGUAUGGGAAUCUACAAUAAAAGAUCCUCUUGACCUUACGUUUGAUGGUUCUAAUAGUGGUAUUAGGCAAAAUAUUGAUAAUAUGACACCAAUUCAAGUUUAUGAACUAAUAUGGACCCGUGAUAUUAUGAAUUUACUAGUAGAGAAGACGAAUGAAUAUGGCGAGGUUUUAUGUCUUCAAAAUAGACCAAAGAAAAGGAAUGAGAGAUUUAGAAAUUUUCAACCCGUUAGUAUCCAGGAAAUGAAACAGUUUUUUGGUUUAUGUCCUAUAGGUGGGCGAAUGAAAUGUCGUUCUGUAAGAAAGUUGUUUUCUCUGGAUCCAAUUUACUAUCAUCCAAUAUUUUCGGCCACUAUGUCUGGCAGACGAUUUGAACAGAUUUUGAGAUGUCUUAAUUAUUCUAGUGACGACAAAAAUGAUACAGCUGGAAAAGUAAGCCUCCUUUUAAAAAAAAUAAUAAAAAACAGCCAAGAUUUAUUUUAUCCCCAAGAAGCAUUAUCAUUGGAUGAAUCUCUUUUAUUGUUUAGAGUGAUGGUUACAUCCUUAAUAUUGAAAUGUACAAAGGAAAAACAAAUCGCGAUGAUGUCGGAUCAUCCAAAAUAG